AUGUGGUCGAGAGGGAGUUAUUUGGGUCGAACCGAGAUGUCGACCUUCCGGUUGGUCCUUGCCCUGCAGAGCCACAUCUCCGCCACCGCUGCUGUUCUCCCAAUCUAUCACCAUCUCCCUCACCUCCGUCUCCUGUCUCCUCCAUGAACUCAGGCCUCUCUUAGAGCUGCUGCUUUCCCUUCAGACCAGAUGCAGAAUGGUUAUCCACACGCUUCCUUCGCCUUCUGCCCUACCCCCAUGCAACCUCAGGAGGAGAUCUGAAGCAGUAAUAGCGUCAGCCACAGUCGAGGAGCCGGGAGCUGGCCGCAGGAAAGCGAACCUGUGGGCGAAGCGCAAGGAAAUGGUUAAGCUCCCCGAGUAUUCGGAUGGCAGUGGCAGGGUCUUCCCUGUGAGUGAGUUCCUCAGCCAUCCAACUGGCGUCGAGGCUCUUCUAAAUACCAGAGCCUUGCAAAGAUUUGAGCCACUGGACUCCAAUACAUAUAGGUGCACUUUGCAUAAAAUUCAGUUUCUCAAGUUUGAAGUUGCCCCAGUGUUGGACUUGCGGGUGACCCGAACAGAUGAAGAUUGCACAGUUGAGAUGUUGUCCUGCAGGUUUGAGGGUUCAAAAGCAGUUGAAAAGCAAAAUCAACUUUUCUCGGCAUUUAUGAAAAACUAUAUAAAGUGGGAGGCUAAAAAUUCGGAGCCAUGCUUGAUUGUCGAUGUGAAUUUGAGAGUUACCCUUGAGGUUUAUACAAAGCCAUUUAGCUUGCUUCCAUUGUCAGCAGUGGAAAAACCCGGAAACCUGCUUAUGCAAGGUCUUCUUGAC